AUGACAUUCCAAACCCUCUCCGCGCUCCCAACCGCGGGGAACCCCUCUGGUGGUCUAAACUUCGCCCACAAAUCCUCGAAACGUGUAACUCGAUUCCGGAAAGACUUGAAAACGAUCGAGGAAAACGGCACGUGGGAAGCUUUGCCAACGUUGGUCGCGUUCCCGGACAGAGAGAUAUCGACGGCGUUGCGAACGGUGUGCGGGUCCACAGUCGCUCGCGAGAAGAGAGAUCGUAAAGAAAAAGAUUUAGAGAACAGAAUAAAUGCGGUGACGUACAUUUUGGAGCACUGUUUAGUAUCAGACGACGACGAGGAGGAGAAAGACGAGGAAGAGAUUCUGGUUGGAGGCGCUAUCGCGAGUGCGAGUAAAGGUCGAUUUGAGAUUUUACGGAAGCUGAUCGAGGAGGAUAAAAACAAGAAAAUGAACGUUAUUAAUGGCACGGAUAUUCACGGCUACUCCCCUUUACUGAGCGCGUGUUGCGGCGACUACUACGAGGAAGGAGAGAUAAGCGAGAUGGAAUCAAACAGACGAAAAUGUAUAGAGCUGCUCUUGGAACGCGGCGCGGACGCGGAAAACAGAGGCGACGGCGUGCACAAGAUAAAUUGGACGCCGUUGAUGGCGUUGGCGAAGAGAAGCGAUUUGGAGAGUUUGAAGGUAUUGUUUAAGAAGAGCUCAGAGGAGCUGGAUGUGAACAGGACGUAUUCGAACGGGAAAACCGCGCUGUUUGUUGCCUGCGAAUGGGGCGCGUCCAUCGACGUGAUCAAUUUGCUCUUAGAGAAAGGCGCCAAGAAUAUUCCGGCGACAAAGUUGAACACGGAUUACUCGAGAUUUAUUCCCGCAAUGACACCGCUCGAUAAAGCGAUGGAAAAUGGGCACCACGAAAUCGUGUACGCGUUGAACGAACACAACAAAAAGAACUCAGGUUUGUGGUUUAGCAGCGGGUACGAAGAGGAAGAAGAGGCAAAAAAUAGUGACGUCGAAGAAGAAGUGAUUCGAAACGAGCGAGAAACGAAGAUGGACUUUGACGAACGGGCCGCACCUACGGUCGUUCAAGGUGGCGAGUCCUGGUAG